GAGGAGGAAGGGCUGGAGGAGGGGCUGCUGCAGAUGAAGCUGCCGGAGUCGGUCAAGCUGCAGAUGUGCCACCUGCUGCAGCACCUGUGCGAGCGGGAGCUGCAGCACCGCGUGGAGGCCAUCGUGGCGUUCUCGGAGCGCCACGUGGAGCGGCUGCAGCGGGACCAGCGGCGCCGGUACGGGCUCCUCAUGAGGGCCCUCACCAUGUCGGCCGCUGAGACCGCCCGCAGGACCAGGGAGUUCAGGUCACCACCACAGGAGCAGAUCAACAUGCUGCUGCAGUACAAGGGGGGGGCCGAGGGCGAGGAGUGUCCCGUGCCCGGGGACAUCCGCGACGAGCUGCUCGACUUCCACAGCGACCUGCUGGCCCACUGCGGUGUGGAGAUGGAGGAGGAGGAGGAGGAGGAGGAGGAGGAGACGUCACUGCGGCAGCGGCUGAUGGGGCUGGUGCAGAAGGUCGUGGGGGUCCGGAGCCCCCCCAAAGAGGAGGAGACCCCCCCCGAGGAGCCCCCGGUGCCCAGCACCCUUCAGGAGCUGAUCUCCCAGACCAUGGUUCACUGGGCUCAGGAGUCGUUCAUCCAGAGCCCAGCCCUGGUGAGGGCCAUGUUCAGCCUCCUGCACCGUCAGUACGACGCUCUGGGCGAGCUGGGCCGGGCGCUGCCCAAGGCCUACGCCAUCAGUGCCACCUCCGUGCCCGACACCACGGCCCUGCUCGAGUGCCUGGGGCAGAUCCGCUCCCUGCUCAUCGUCCAGAUGGGCCCCGAGGAGGAGAACCUCAUGAUCCAGAGCAUCGG